AAAAAAUUUCCUUUGGGUCGCCGGCGGGGUGUUUUUAUAAAACGGAAAUCAGCAAAUAUUUUUUAACGAUAAAUUUUCGGUAAGUCUAGAAGAACGAGUUUGCAGUGUCUUUUUAGUUACGACAGCGAUACUGAUUGCAUAGUGAUAAUUAUCAAAAAUGGCAGAAAUGGAUGAACAUCAUUUUGAAACCGGAGAUUCCGGUGCCUCCAACACUUAUCCUAUGCAGUGUUCUGCCUUACGUAAGAAUGGAUUUGUCAUGCUAAAGGGCCGUCCAUGCAAAAUCGUAGAAAUGUCGACCUCUAAAACCGGCAAACACGGUCAUGCCAAAGUUCAUAUGGUUGGAAUCGAUAUUUUUUCAAACAAAAAAUACGAGGAUAUUUGUCCCUCAACGCAUAAUAUGGAUGUUCCUCACGUUAAAAGGGAAGAUUACCAAUUGACCGAUAUUAGUGAUGAUGGUUUUCUUACUUUGAUGUCAGACAAUGGAGAAAUUCGUGAAGAUCUGAAAGUUCCAGAAGGUGAUUUGGGAAAUAGCUUACGUUCAGACUUUGAUGCAGGAAAGGAUCUCUUGUGUACGGUUCUAAAGUCCUGUAACGAGGAAUGUGUCAUUGCAAUUAAAACAAACACAGCCCUUGACAAAUAAAACCAAUUCUAAAAAUCUGGCAUUAUCCGGUUGCUUAAUUAACCUAUUGUAUAUAUAUGUAUACGUUUAAAAAUUGAAAUGCAUAUGUAUACAAGAGACUAAGGUAGCGUUUAGUGAUAAAAAGGUGAAAACAAUAAAUUUUUGCCAAUAAAAUAUUUUUUACUUUAACUAAA